UUUCUCUCCACAGCACCGGUGUCAGAAGUGGCCGGAGACCCCCUGGGAGCUCGACUGAGCACGUUCCUGGCCCCAUAUCUAAGUAUGCACCCGCUGCUGCUGCUGGCUUCACUCUGCCUCUCGUCUCUGCCAGCUGCGUUAACUAUUUACCAGAAGGCAACUGGGGGUCCAGCCCCCACCCCGCGCCUGCAGUACCUGCUGGAGCCCCUCCAUGAGGUGGUGCACGCCCAGCGCGGCGCCACGGUCACGCUGCCCUGCGUCCUGCGGGCGCGGCCCCCCCACUACAAGGUGAAAUGGAGCAAGGUGGAGCCGGCCGAGCUGCUGGAGAACAUCAUCCUGGUCACCAACGGGGUCCAGCACAAGACCUACGGGCAGCUGGGCGGGCGGGCCCGGCUGAGGCGCGGCCACCGCAACGACGCCUCCCUCACCAUCGCCGGGGUGACGCUGGAGGACGAGGGGCGCUACCGCUGCCAGCUGGUCAACGGGCUGGAGGACGAGAGCCUGUCGCUGACGCUCACGCUGGACGGUGUCGUCUUCCCCUACCAGACCAGCCAGGGGCGCUACAGAUUCAACUACUUUGAGGCUAAGCAGGCCUGUGAGGAGCAGGACUCCAGGCUGGCCACUUACCAGCAGCUCUACCAAGCGUGGACCGAAGGGCUGGACUGGUGUAACGCAGGCUGGAUUCUCGACGGGACCGUCCACUACCCCAUUAUUAACCCCCGAGAGCCCUGCGGGGGGCGGCUUCUCCUCCCGGGAGUUCGGACCUACGGGGCCAAGGACAAGCAGAAGGACCGGUUCGACGCGUUCUGCUUCACCUCUGCUGUGAGGGGCCAGGUCCAUUUCAUCCGGGGCCACCUGAGCUUCAAAGAGGCGGGGCAGGCUUGCCGCAACAAAGGGGCCACCAUCGCCAACGUCGGGCAGCUCUACUCUGCCUGGAAGUUCUCCCAGCUGGACCGUUGCGACGGGGGCUGGCUGGCGGAUGGCAGCGUCCGCUACCCCAUCACCACCCCUCGCACCCACUGCGGGGGCCUUCCGGACCCUGGCGUCCGGAGCUUCGGCUUCCCCGACAAGGAGCAGAGGACGUACGGGACCUACUGCUUCUCGGUGAAAUAA